GGCCUUUCUCGGCCCCACCACCCAGGUCGUGACCACAUCAUGGCCAUCCUGGAAGGCGGCCGGGCCGUGAUUUCUUGGGGCCCUUCCAAUGAGUUCGGCCAGAUCGGCCACGGCUUGCCCUACCGCUCGCGCGUGCGGCCGGGGGUGGUCCACCUUGGUGGAGUCUUGGUGAAGCAGGUGGCCUGUGGCGAACAUCACUCGCUGGUGCUCACGGCGCACGGUGAAGUGUACUCCUUCGGUUGCAACCUGCAUGGUGCGCUGGGCUCCGGCCGUUGUGGUUCCCAGGAACAGGCCGAACGCGUGCUAGGGAACCACCUCCGGAGUAUGCCGGUGCGUGGCAUCGCGGCGGGGCCACAGAGCUCGAUGGCGCUUUCCAUCGGCGGUCAUGUCUUCUGCUGGGGAUGCAAUAGCCGGGGUCGUUUAGGCCUGGGGCCUGCCUAUGAUCAGGAGCCCACUGUCUUAGCGCCCGUGAGCGUCCCCACCUUGCCCGGCGUGGCACGUGCCAUCGCGGCGGGGGGGGCAGCAUUCGGCGGUGAUCCUACGGCGAGGGAGGCUCUUCCUGGCGGGUGA